UAUCAGGUAGCACUAGUUCCGCUACUGCUUCCUCUACUGCCUCGGCGGCAAACUCAAAUAGUCAAACGUCAAGCGCUUCAUUAAAUUAUUUAGACAAAGCAUCUAUGUUAGAAUUGGGAUUUUUAAGUGUCAUG